AUGCGUCUAUGGAAAAGCAAGGUGCAUUCAGGUAUGGCAUAUGAUCCAGAUAUUGCAUAUAGAACUGAUACCAGUGUAGCUUUGGGUUCUAUGACCUAUAAGUGUCAGUGGUGCAACGCUUUUAAAUGGAAAGAUGAGACACUUGGUAUGUGUUGUAGCGCCGGAAAAGUACAACUUGAGAAGUUAAAACAACUACCUGAACCUCUCUACAGUUUGGUUAACACUCUGCACCCAGAUCAUGUGAAAUUCAUGAACAAUAUUCGAAAAUAUAACGCCUGUUUUCAAAUGACGUCAUUUGGUGGUAAACAGGUAACAGCAGACGGUUUCUUACCGACUUUUAAAGUUAAAGGACAGGUCUAUCAUUUAAUUGGAAGUAUAUUACCUGAACCCGGACAGGGCGCACAGUACUUUCAAAUAUAUUUUGUCGGUGAAGAAGAACGAGAACAUCAUAUUACUCCGGAUCAAAUCGACAAUGUUAUUUGUGCUGAAAUACCCGAUCCCAUAAGUGACCCUCAGCUUCACGAAAUCGUUGAAUGUAAUAUGAUUCAUGGUCCUUGUAGUUGUUUUAAUCGAAAUUCACCAUGUAUGAAAGAUAACGCGUGCAGUAAACAUUACCCCAAGAAUCUCAUUAAGGAAACUCAAACUGGUGAUGACGGUUAUCCGAAGUGCAAGAGACGUUCAACCGAUGAUGGUGGAUUUUCCGUUAAUAUCAAAGGCGUAGAUAUAGAUAAUCGUUGGAUAGUUCCUUAUAAUCCAGUACUUUUAAGAACAUGUAACGCUCACGUCAAUGUGGAAUAUUGCAGUUCGGUGAAGUCCAUAAAAUAUGUGUGCAAAUACGUAAAUAAGGGCUCGGAUCAGGCUUCAUUUGCCUUAGAAAAUGAGAAAGACGAAAUAAAAACUUACGAAAGUGGACGAUAUAUAAAUUCAUCAGAAGCCGUGAGGCGAAUCCUUGAAUUUCCAAUUCAUGAGCUGGAUGACUUUGCAAAAAAUUUGCUUUGCCCAGAAGUACCUGCAUAUUACGUUUGGGACAAAAAAAAGUUUCAAAGAAGGAAGAGAGGAGUAAACUUUAUUGGCUGGCCAGAUAUCAAAAGAGAGCACGCUCUGGGUAGAGUUUAUACGGUUCAUCCAAACAAUACAGAAUGUUAUCACCUUCGUAUGCUUCUCCAUGAAAUCCGGGGCCCGAUUUCGUUUGAAGCGUUGAAAACUGUAAAUGGUCAAGUAUAUCCCACUUUUAAAUCCACGUGUAAGGCUCUAGGGUUACUUGAAGAUGAUGAACAUUUCUACGCAGCACUAGAAGAGACAGCACUUUGCCAAUCUCCGCAUAUGAUACGGGAUCUAUUUACGAUUAUAUUAGUGUUCUGCCAAGUAACAGAUCCCUUAUAUCUUUGGGACAAAUUCAAAGAAUACCUGUCUGAAGAUUUUAAAAUACGAUUAGAACGACAGGAUUCCGUGGAUGCAGAACACUUAGCGGACGUAGCGUUGAACAAAUGCUUAUCGAUAAUAGAAGAUUCCGUGUUAGCAUUAGGUGGUCAGCCACUCAGCCAAGCAAAUCUGAACAAUUUGAUAAUAGAGAAUGCUCCAGGUGGAACUGGAAAAACUUUCUUAACCAAUUUGAUUUUAGCGAAAGUUAGAAGUACUCGCGACAUUGCCUUAGCUGUAGCAUCUUCUGGAAUCGCAGCAACACUGCUCGAGGGUGGUCGAACGGCCCAUGCUACCUUCAAAUUACCACCCAAUCUAACAACUUCGGCCACUCCCUUUUGUAAUAUAUCAAAACAAAGUAAUUUUGCGGAAGUUUUAAAAGAUACAAAAUUAAUAGUGUGGGACGAAAUUACCAUGGCGCAUAAGGGUGGUGUUGAGGCUUUAAAUAGAUCUCUAAAGGAUAUAAGGGAAAAUAAAAGGUUAAUGGGUGGUGUAACGGUUUUACUGGCUGGAGACUUUAGGCAGACUCUACCAGUAGUACCAAAAGGGACCAGAACUGAUGAAGUCAAGUCAUGUCUUAAAAGAUCUACUUUAUGGCCUAAGAUUAAUAUACUCAAACUGUCAAAAAAUAUGAGGGUACACUUGGGAGAGGAAAAGUUUGCUGGUGGAUUUUCAGAUCUUUUACUUGAAAUUGGCAAUGUUGUAACUGCGGUUCAGGAUUUAAUAUCAAAAAUUUAUCCAGAUAUUGCUCAUAUUCAUGAUAAUCCUAUGGAAUGGUUGUGUGAACAUACUAUACUCACUUCAAAAAAUGACCAAGCGGCGGUUAUCAAUGAUACGCUGCUGAUGUCUUUUAAAGGGGAAGAAAAAGUAUAUACUUCUAUAGAUACGUUGGUCAACAUGGACGAUGCAACUAAUUAUCCGGUUGAAUUUUUAAAUUCAUUUAAACCACCGGUCAUGCCAUAUCAUAGGCUUAUUCUGCGUGUGGGCACACCUAUUAUGUUGUUGCGAAAUUUGAAACCGCCUAAACUGUGCAAUGGGACCAGGCUUAAAGUCAAAGCUUUACAUCGCAAUAUAGUAGAAGCUACAAUUUUAACAGGAUGUGCAAAAGGGGAAACUGUGUUUGUACCACGAAUCCCUUUAAUUCCGAAUGAUCAUCCGUUCGAAUUUAAACGAUUACAGUUUCCCCUGAAAGUCUGUUUUGCAAUGACUAUAAACAAGUCUCAAGGCCAAACUCUUAAAUUUGCAGGAAUAGAUUUGCGAGAAAACUGUUUUUCACAUGGGCAGUUCUACGUAGCUUACUCACGCGUAAGCUCACUCAGUAGCUUGGUGAUUUUGUCGCCUACUAAUAGAUCAGUGAAGAACAUUGUCUACAAAGAAGUUUUGAAGAUAACAUAUUGA